AUGUCCAACGAACAGAUACACAACGCGUACUCGCAACAGCCCCCACAGCAGCAGCAGCAGCAGCAGCAACCGCAGCAGCAACCGCAGCAUGGCGCUGGGGGCGCCGCCGGCGGCCAGGGAGCGGGCCAGCUUCACGCGCACUCGCAGGCCCAUAUGGUCCAACACUCGCCGUCCCAGGCUCCAAGUCACGCGCACACGGCCUCCGCCGCCCAGGGUAACCCCUACAUGAACCAGGAACACUGGCAAUACCAGUAUGCCCCACAGAUGCACGGCUUUUACACGCAGACGGGCGGCGGGAGCGGCUCCGCAGGCGGCGCCGCGGGGGGCGCGGCCGCGUCACACCAGACGGCGGCCCACCAGUCCCCUAGCGAUCACGUGUCGUACGCCUACUCCCAUUACCCGGCUGCCAGCGCCGCCGCAGACCCCCAGCAACAGCCACAGCAACAGCAACAACAACAACAACAGCAGCAGCCAUACGCUUCGUACGCCUCGAGCGCGGGGUACGGCUACUACCCCUACGCAGCGCAGACCGCCGCUGUCGGCGACGAGCAGCAGCAGGCGUACGCUUCGUACUACCGCCAGGCACAGCUAGCGCAGGUUCAGGCACAGGCCCAGGCUCAGGCGCAAGCGCAGGCCCAAGCACAGGCACAAGCACAGGCUCAAGCACAGGCCCAAGCACAGGCACAAGCCCAGGCCGCCCAGGCCCAGGCGUCCCAGCUGGGCUACCAGUACCCGGGCUUCCUGGGAAGCGGGCGCCCCGGCGCCGCUGCGUCCCAUGACGAGCUCUCCGGCAGCAGCGCGGCUGGCGGCAGUGCCGGCGCGGGCGCGGUUUCGCCGGUCGCGUACUACGGAGAAGAGCUCGGCGGCAAGGCGCGGCGCGCCGUAAGCUCGCGCGGACGCGAGCUCGGCGCGGGAUCCCUAGACGGGUCUGCGCUCCUCGGGCUCGCGGCCGCGGGCGCGCUUGAUCCCACAACGGGCAUGCCCGGCGCGAUGCCGGGCGCUAUGCCAACGGGAAUACACACGGGCAUGGCCGGCGGGAUGGCAACGGGUCUGGGUGCAGCGGCGCGCACGUCCGCGGCAGCAGCCGCCGCAGGCGCACGGCCCCGCGUCACCACAACCAUGUGGGAAGACGAGCACACGCUCUGCUACCAAGUCGAGGCGAACGGCGUGUCCGUGGUGCGGCGCGCCGACAACGACAUGAUCAACGGCACCAAGCUGCUGAACGUGGCCAAGAUGACCCGCGGUCGCCGCGACGGGAUUCUCAAGGCCGAGAAAAUCAGACACGUGGUCAAGGUCGGCUCCAUGCAUCUCAAGGGCGUGUGGAUCCCCUUUGACCGCGCGCUGGCUAUGGCGCAGCGCGAGAAGAUCGUGGAUCUGCUGUUUCCGCUGUUUGUGCGCGACAUCCAGAGCAUCAUCCAGCAAGGCGCCUCAACGGUCUUGGCAGGGCCUGCUGCAGCCGCGGCGUCAGCGGGGCCUGUGCAGGCACCAACGCGCAGCAUGGGCGGCAUGAGCAGCGGCGGCGCCGGUGCCGGCGGCGGAUCCGCGUACUACGCGGACGCCUACCAGCCGCUCGCGGGCUACGGACACUACCAGCCGAUAGACUACGGCUACGCUGCGCGGCCUGUGAUGCACGCCGUCUCCGGGCUCGGCUCCGUGGGCAGCGCCGGACUCGGCAGCUCUGGGCUCGGCUCCGCCGGAUCCGUGGGCUCCGUGAGUGGCGGCGUGCCAAGCUCGAGUGCCAUCGCUACGCACGGUGGACCCUUGUCAGCGGCCGCUGGUCACACAGCUGCUAGCGCCGGCCAUGGCCUAGGCCACGGCCACGGCCCCGGGUCCGGCGUGGGCGUGGGCGUAGGCCCUGUUGACGGCUCUGCUUCCAACGCAGGCCCCGGCUCCGACAACGGCCCCGGUGUGGGUGUUGGUGUUGGUGUGGGUGUUGGCGUGGGUGUCGGGUCCGGGUCCGGGUCUGGCGCUGUGCACGGAACUAGCCCGGGCUCCGGCUCCACAGCCGCUUCCGGCGUUGGCGCAGACCUAGGCUCACACUCUGGUGGCGAUCGCGCGCCUGGAAGCGCCGCGCCAGGCGCGACCUCCUCGGGCGAUGCCACGGGUGCGUCCGUCAUGGGCGUGUCCCACGGAUACCCCAGCCAAGCGGGUGCUAGUUCCAUGGACUCUCUGGCCAAGCCAGUGGCGUCACACAGCACGGACUCUUCGGAACAAACCCCUGUGGGACACGGCGCUCCCGACCAGGUCAAGCCGGAGGCGCUCGACUCGAACGACGCCAAUGCGGCACACGACGAAUGA